AUGGGGCUUCCAAGAGCUCUUGAUGUGGAGGAAGAGCAUCCCCAGCAGAACAUCAUAAUGACACUCAACAGCACCAAUCGGGACGCCGUCAUCUACAGUUUAUCAAUGCUUCUCCUGCAGUAUGUGGUUCCUCUGGCGAUCAUCAGCUACGCUUACGUAUGCAUCUGGAUCAAACUGAAGAACCACGUCAGCCCUUCCAACCGCAGUGAUGGCAUCGGCCGCCGGAAGAAGACCACGAAGAUGCUGGCGCUGGUGGUCGUGGUCUUCGCUGUUUGCUGGCUUCCCUUCCACGUGUUUCAGCUGGCUAGCGAUCUCGACUUGAUUCUCAAGUUCAAAGAAUACAAACUCAUUUACACCUUGUUUCACAUCGUGGCGAUGUGCUCGACUUUUGUCAACCCAUUGCUCUACGGCUGGAUGAACCAGAAUUACAGGAAUGGCUUUCUCAUGUUCUUCCGCUGUGAACACAAGCCAGACACCAUCUACCCUGAUGGGUCCUUCAGGACUCGAUCUUUGAGGGGGAUGAUUGUGAAUGGCUACAAUGCUGGUCAUCCUGCAACUGCUGUCUAA